UUCACUCAAAGGAUGCCGCGUACGUCAGUGUUGUGACAGUAUAUGUAUAUGUAGAAUGUAAGAAAAUUUUCUUGGUGAAACGUUUUGAUAAUAAUAAAUAGAAAAAUAACAAUAAUAAUGGCGACAAGCCUACCUCCACGCAAAAACAAUUCGACGCCGUCCCGAAUAUCGAAAGAACAAACUGCUUUAUCAAUACUAUUGCAGAUGGGCUUCAGUAAACAUCGAGCAGAAAAAGCAAUUGCAGCGACUGGAAACAGAGGCGUACAACUUGCGUCUGAUUGGCUUUUGGCUCACGUAAACGACGCUACAAUUGAUGACUGCGAGCCUAGAGAAUAUAUUUUGUAUGUAUGUCCAUCCGGUAAGUUCAUGAAGCAACUGGAAGAGUUCUGGGAUAAGACAAAGAACAUAUGCGGCUGGAACGGAGCCCACAAUUACAUUCCACACAUAACACUGGUCUCAUUCUUUAAGGCACCCGACGAAUGCGCACCUCAAUUAUCGAAGGCACUGAAAGACAUUGUGGAAUUGGCAGGCUCUCAGCUCGAACAACACAUGUCGCUGGAACUCUAUGUCAGCCACAAUUUUAUAGGAUUUUUUGUAACCGAUGAUGAUGCAAACUACUUGAAGCGCCUGGCUCUACAGUAUGUUAAAGAAGUAUCGGGAUCAAUAAUCAGUGAUACAUACGAACAGUUAGAUGCACUUGUAACAUGUUUCCCUUGGUGUGGGGGAGUGUCAAAUACUCAAUGCAUACCACGUAGCAACAGAUCAAUAUCUCUGGAACCACACGUAAAGUCUUUGCACUUAACAUUGGCUUAUCAAUUUCCUUCGAAUCAAUUCGAUACACUACAAUCGCUAGUGGAAAAGCUAGAUCCAAUUUGUACGUCGAAUUGGGAAUUACGAUUGUACUCGAGAGAUACAAAAAUAUCAUCAAAACAGGUUCGCAGCGUUUUGUAUCCUUAUAACUCACGUGAACCAGAUGAGUUGGAAUUGCGUAUUGGAGACUACAUUUACGUAAGCAACGAUGCGCUACAAAACUCAACAGACGGAUGGGUAGAAGGCUCGUCCUGGCUGACUGGUGCAUCUGGUUAUUUUCCCGAAAGUUACACUAGACGUACGGCUGAAUCGGAUGCAUGGACAAUCCACGAAACCGUUCCCCUGUCGAAGUGUAUUGGUCCGUCAAUAUCUUCUUUGGACACUGACACUGUGGAUGGCUCAGUGGAUAGUGGAGAUUCCAUGAUAAACCAUCAGCUUAUGUAUCUGCACGAUGCUGCCAAAAGCGCACUCUUCGAUUUGUCUAACUCAAACAAUUCCAACGCAUCAGUUAGCAACGAUGAAAACGUGAAAUGCCGUCGAAUCUAUAUAGCCCGGCAUGGCGAACGGGUGGAUUUUACUUUCGGCCGAUGGAUACCGCAUUGCUUUGAUGCGGGCAAAUAUACGCGAAAAGAUUUGAACAUGCCGAAACAUCUGCCGGAUCGAAUCAAUGGUCCAGACACUUGGCUACUGGAUUCUCCCAUUACCAAUAUUGGAAUGUGUCAGGCUAAACUGACCGGUGAUGCGAUGAAAGAUGCCGGCGUUGAUAUUUCGUUCGCAUAUUCUUCACCAUCAUAUCGAUGUGUUCAGACAUGUCAUGGAAUAUUGGAAGGACUUGGUAUGACUCACAUCAAAAUUCGAAUCGAAUUUGCUCUGUUCGAAUGGAUGGCAUGGUAUCAAGACAAAGUACCAGAAUGGUGCACUAAGGACGAGCUGUUUGCCGAUAACUUCAACAUUGACAUGGACUACGAAUCUUUCAUGACGAAAGAAGACCUUCAACAUUCAACAAAAGAAACUGCCGAGCAAUUUUAUAGGCGAAAUCAUUCAGCUGUUGAACACUUUCUACAGCAUAAUGAAUCCGGAAAUGUACUGAUGGUUGGCCAUGCUUGUACACUCGAUUCGUGCAGUCGUUUGUUAAUCGGAAGAAAUGCACGAACGCAGGAAGAGCUUUCACAUUUGUUGCAAAAAGUCCCGUAUUGCAGUACCAUUGUGAUAGAACAGUCGCCAUCGGACAAUGAAUGGCAUUUGAAAGAUCCAUGCUGUUUCCCAGUGACACAUAAUAAGAACACUAGAUUCGACUGGACAGCAAUUGACAAUUGAGAUUAAUUUUGGUUGAAACGUUUUUGUCCGAAUCGGGCUAGUUGGUUACAUAAACAGAAUACAGUGCAAGAAUACAGCUAAAAA